GGAUUCAGACAGUCGAAGUCGAACCAGUACCCAAAUACAUCUUUGGUUCAAAUUAAAGGAGUUAACACGAAAGACGAUGUAGGAUGGUAUCAAGGGAAACGCAUGGCGUACAUGUACAAGACAAAGAUGAAGAAGAACGGAUCACAUUACAGGUGUAUUUGGGGAAAGGUUACUAGGCGUCAUGGUAGCACUAGUAUUGUGCAUGCUAAGUUCACGUCUAAUCUUCCUUCAAAAUCCAUGGGAUCUAGGGUUAGAGUGUUCAUGUACCCAAGAAAUAUUUAA